AGUCACAACUUCAUUCCGGUUCAGUGUAGACGUGCGGAAGGCCAUUUGUGAUUAAAAAAGGUGUUUUUUCAACUGUGAAUACGGAAAGAGAUAAUAAUGAACGUGAACAUCGUUGCUGUCGGUCCCAAACCAACCCAAAUCGUUUGUCCUUCGUGCCAGGCCACAAUAGUGACUAGGGUGGAUCACAAAUCAACAACCAAGACGCAUAUUAUUGCUCUUGUACUCUGCCUUUUUUUGUGCUGGCCAUGCGUUUGUGUUCCUUAUUGUAUGGAUAGUUGCCAAAACGCAGAUCAUUACUGCCCGAACUGUAACUCUUAUUUAGGCACCUACCAACAUUAAAAUAGGCGCUACCUUAACAGUGUACAUUUCGAUUCAUUAGUCAACCUGACCUCGGGAAGCGUCUUGCUGACUGCGGUUUUUUUUCAUGAGGAAAGAAACUGGCAGUUUGCAUGAUAAAAAAAAUGCGUUUGGUAGUUUGCAAUAGAAAAAAAAAAUGUGUUCAUAAAUUAAUGUUUAUUGAAUGUUCGUAUGUAAUGUGGCACUUAUUAUAAGACUGUUUUUCCAAUUAUCGUACUUUCAAAUAUAAUAGCAUAAAAUAGAGACAUAGCAGUGUAAGAAGUAAAAACAAGCCUCAUUGUUCCACUCUAUAACUAAACGAUGGAACUAACUGUUACUAAUUUCAAAAUACUCAUUGUGAACAUUCAAAUUACACUGUCUGAAAUACUGAAUAAUAAAUUUGAGAUAGUUGACUUUAAAGUUUUUUAAAAUUAAUUACGAUGUUUUCCGUGAUUUGAGUGUUCAGUGGAGUUCCAUUUUCUAUGAGGAAUUGAAUUUUAGUGCAUAGUUCCUUUCUGAAAGAGGUGCCUAUCAGAUUUUCAAUGUGUCUUAAAUGUGUGAUAGCUUCUUUUUGCAUAUUUCUAUAUAAAGCAGAAAGCACAAAUAAUUUAUAUACGCGGAUGAAAUGACACAAAUUACAAAGUUUUUCAUAAAUUUUCUCUAUUGAUCUGUUUCAGUAUUUAAUAAUAUAUACUGAAUUAGUCAAGGGCGACAUUAAAAAUUACAGAAUCAUUUACUUUUAGAUUUUCUUGAAGAAAACAAAUGUUAAAAUAAUUUUAUUGAAUUAUGAUGAUAAAUAUUGUUUGUAAUUUUUUCAAUUAUUUCAUUAUGCUAAGCGAAUCGUGAUAUCAUAAUAAUUAUUAUCCUUUAAAUAAGGUGCUUAUUUUUAAAAUAAAGUUUUAUUGA